AAUUAUAUUGAAAAAGAAAAUCGAUACACUCCUAUCAGAAAAAGUUGAAAACUCAAAACAAAUAAAUGGACGAAUAAAUCAUAAGAGUUUAACAGCAAUGCUUGCAAGUCUCUGCCACCCUUUCAAAUGACUUCAAAGUUCAAACAAAGGACUUUUCUCGAUGCUUUAUUUUCCAAAUAUUAUUGAUGUGUUGAAAAGUAAGACGCCUUAGUCAGGAUGGAAGUAAGGCAGAAGCUUACAAUGAAAGCUGUGUUCGAAUUCAAGAACAUUAACUAUAGUAUAUUAGACGAGUACGUAGUUUCGAGAUUCAUGUAUUCAUUUCAAUAACAAUAACCCUUCAAAUAUUGCAUAUUAUCUCAAAACAAUUUCAAGAUUCUAAAUUGAGAAGCUAAUUGAGCACAGACCAUUCUGAUUCGAAAAGUUGCCACAAAAGAUUGAUUGCCUUUUCCGAGAAAUGAUGAGGAUGCCAUUUAUACUAGGAGUGAUUUCAUCACUAUGUCUGAGCACAACAUUGGUGGUAGCAGUAGAUUGGUCCAAGCCUGGUUGUCCAUCAAAGUGUGGAAAUAUCACAAUUCCAUAUCCUUUUGGCAUUGGUUCUCAUUGCAGGUUCAAUUCUUCCUUCGAAAUCACCUGCACCAAAGACUCCACCACCGGAGUGGAAGUACCAUUCUUGAACAUCAUAAGUAUGGAAGUACACAAUUGUUCUGUUCACGGUACCGUCAUAGUAAAGAACCCUGUUACACCAAUGAUAUGCUCUGAUAUGCAAGACACACAAUCUAUGGUAAGGUCGCUCGAUAAAACUCCAUUUUCCAUCUCCAGCCGACAUAAUUUGUUGGUUGUUUUGGGCUGUCGGAAUUCGGUCCGCCUGUAUCCUAACACGACAACUCCAGGUGGCGGAUGCAUGGCAAUUUGUGACCAUAGUUCUAUAGACAACAGCUGCAAUGGUGUCAACUGCUGUCGAAUAACAAUCCCACCUCAACUUAAGGGGCUUAAUUAUACUUACCAAGGUACUAAUCAAGUUGCUACUAAUGAGAGUUCAUGUGGUUAUGCUUUCCCUGUCGAAAAAGUAUGGUUCCAAGAUGAAUACAAAAGGUACAAGGGCCUUCAGAAUAAUCUAUUAAAUCCUUUUGAUAAAGAAUUCGAAUCCGCACCACUGGUACUUGAGUGGGAACUCGACAUAUCGAAAUUUUCAGAUCCUAAUAUAUGUGCGAAUUACUUCAAAACAACCUCACCAAAUACAUCAUCAUUUCCUAGUCAAAUUGAGUAUGCAUCUUCCAUCCAAGAGUAUGCAUCUUCCAUUCAAUAUUGCUAUUGCAGGGGGGGCCAUGAAGGGAACCCAUAUAUACCUGGAGGAUGCAUUGAUAUUGAUGAAUGUAGCGAUCCAAAAUUGAAUUUAUGCAGAAGUAUAAAUGCAACUUGCAAAAACAACAAAGGAGGUUACUGGUGUGAAUAUACAAAUUAUAAGGUUAAAAAAUCACAAGUGGCCAAAAUAACAGUCAUCAGCGGUGGUACUGUCCUUGGUGCACUAAUUUUGUUCUUCGCGGCAUGGAAGUCUAUCACGAAAAAAAUCAAGGCUAAGCGCAAACUCAAGUUCUUCAAACAAAAUGGAGGCUUGUUAUUGCAACAAAAGUUAUCUUCAAACGACAACAGCCUAGAAAAGACCAACCUAUUCGGUUCCAAAGAGUUGGCACAAGCUACCGAUCGUUACAAUGAAAAUCGUGUAUUGGGUCGUGGUGGCCAAGGUACCGUCUACAAAGGAAUGUUGACAGAUGGAAGAAUCGUGGCAGUCAAAAAGUCGAUCAAGGUAGAAGAAGGCGAUGUCGAACUGUUCAUCAACGAGGUCCUUAUUCUGUCACAGAUAAACCACAGAAAUGUGGUCAAACUUUUAGGGUGCUGUUUGGAGACCGAAGCUCCUCUUUUAGUCUACGAGUUCAUACCGAACGGCACACUCUUCCAACACGUGCACAAUUCAAACGAGGAGUUUCCUUUAACUUGGGAAAUGCGAGUCAGUAUUGCAAGAGAAGUAGCGGGGGCACUCUCUUACUUGCACUCUUCUGCAUCUGCACCUAUUUAUCACAGGGAUAUAAAGUCCACGAAUAUACUAUUGGAUGAUAAAUAUAGGGCCAAAGUUGCUGAUUUCGGGACAUCAAGAUCGAUUGGUAUAGAUCAGACGCACUUGACCACACGAGUACUAGGAACGUUCGGUUAUUUGGAUCCGGAAUACUUCCAAUCGAGCCAGUUUACGGAUAAGAGCGAUGUCUAUAGCUUCGGUGUUGUUGUGGUGGAGCUUUUGACGGGGGAGAAAGGCUAUAUCGUCAAUUAG